UGUUGUUUUAUAUUCGUCAUUUCUUUAAGAUGCACAAAGCCUUGAAGAAAUAUUUUGUAAACAUGGACGAGUAUCUGGCCAGCAUCGGACUUUACCGAAAGAUGAUGGCGAGAGACGCGUCCUGUCUGUUUCGAGCUGUUUCUGAGCAGCUUUAUUAUUCCCAAAACUACCAUCCGAGAAUACGAAAAGAGUGUGUCAGGUUCAUGAGUGCGAACAGAUGCAACUUCGAGCCUUUUGUUGAAGGCUCUUUUGAGAAGUAUUUGGAGCGUUUGGAUGAUCCCAAGGAAACAGCAGGUCAAGUGGAGAUCAAUGCUUUGUCGUUACUGUACAGGCGGUGCUUUAUCAUUUAUAGGUAUCCAGGUAAGCCGCCGACCGAGAUUGCAGAGGAAGAAAACUUGCCUAAGAUUCUGCUGUGUUGCUCAAAUAACGGGCACUAUGACAUCGUUUACCCUAAGAACUAUCCAGUGGACGCUGCAGUAUGUCAGGCUCUCCUGUAUGAGCUGUUAUACACUCGUGUUCUGAGUGUUGAGGAGGAAGAGCUGCAGGUGGCUCUGGAGGGAUUCAGAUUAGGAGGCCGGCGAUACAGAAACAGCCAGUCUAUGUGCAGUGAGGACGCUUGCUAUGAUGCUCCAGAGGAACGUACUCCGAGAGAGGAAUGGGAGCCGAGUGGUCAGAACCGUUUGGAGGACAAAGCCAAAGCUGGAGCUGAGGACCAGAAGGCUGCAGAGGGGUCGGGCAAACUGGCUCUACCGUACAAGGUGCUGAAGGCUUUAGAGCCCGAGCUGUACCGUAACGUUGAGUUUGACGUGUGGCAAGACAGUCGCAAAGAGUUACAGAAGACUGAUUAUAUGGUGUUUGCUGGCAGGCAGUACUUUUUGGGAGAUAAGUGUCAGGUCCGUUUGGAUCCGAAAGGAAAGUAUUACAAUGCUUUCAUACAGGAAGUGGGGACCCACACCACUGCUGUGACGGUGUUCAUUGAGGAGCUUGGGGAAAAACAUCUGGUUCCUUUGACCAAUCUGAAGCCAGUCAAUCCAGUGCCAGCCUGGAACAUCACACCAAGUAGAAAAGGAAGCUCCUACAACCAUCCAGAAGAGCUAGACCCUGAGCUUCGUGGGCGGAGACGGUUCUUCAAGAAGGCUCGUGGUAAGGAGAUGUUGAUGGCAGUGUCCUACAGUCGUCCUCAGCCUGGCCUGCCCCCCCGACUGCAGUCCGGGCCGGGUAACAAUUAUCCUAUGCGGUCUCCUGGGGUGCACGGACCCGCUCCGCCUCCGGCAGGUGUGGCCUAUGAACAUUACAGACCCCACCCACAACCCAGACCACCACGAGGAUACGGACCGCCCAGUUCGGCCCGAUUCCUAAACAGGCACCACUUUAUCGGACCAGAGAUGGCAUAUUACCCCGGUCCAAGCAAGCGCUGCUACCAGAGUUUUGAUAACUAUUCGUUCAGGUCCCGAAGAAGCCGACGGCAGAUGCACUCGCUGAAUAAAGAGUGUCUGAGGUGUGUUCCUGAGCCAGGAGAGGACACCCAGGAUAUGGAGGGAAGCAUCACUUUCUAUGAGAUCGAGGAGACCGAUGAGAGUGCCUUUACACCAAUACCAGGUCAAGCGGUCCCCAGUCCCAGGGUUCCAGGGGCCACUGCUUACUGGGUACCAAGAGUCCCCAGUCCUAUCCCUCCAUCAGGCAAACAGCCCAUGACAUCAUCAGAGGAGGACCCUGAUGAAAGGAGCACAGCUGGUGAUCAAGGUGAUUACUCUGAGGAGUACAUCUACUCUACCUCAGAGACUGGAUUUCAGAGCCCAUCGGUAUAUGCUGCCGCAACGGAGUCUACAACCAAUUUGACCAUUCAAGAAGGAGGAUCUCGUGCCGAUUCGCCACCAGAGGGCGUCGCUACCUACAGUUACUCUCAACAGGUGGUCAUGAAGUCAUCGGUCAUCUCUUCCUCUCAGCCAAUCAACUCUGCCCCAGCUGCGAUCUUCACCUCAAACUCCUCCCCUUCUUCUACGGGGAGCUCCCAGACCCCACCGAACCCCCUGCAGACCGACAGCAUCCUAACUCCUGGACAGCCACCACCCCAGAAUGUCAUGGGCAGGCCUGCAGUUCCGUGGUUUGUGAAUGAACUGGGCGAGCCAGUUGCCAUGGCACCACCUCCACCCUAUUCAUAUGACCCCAAUGGCAGUGAUCUUCCAAGAGACUGCAAAGUGCUCCAAUACUAUUAUAACCUGGGGGUUCAGUGGUACCAGCAGACGUACUGGCACUCUAUGGUGCACAUGCAGCAGGUCUAUCCACAGCCGGCCGCAGACGUUCCAUACCAGACGUUCCAGAGCACCAUCCCCAUGGCCGACCACACCGUCCCCCAGGCCUAUCCCGAGCCCAUCCGCUCAUGUCCGCAAGGAGACACGUCCAACAACGGCACCCCUCUGGUGAUGGAGCCCCCUCCCACGGUGGUCCCCGGCACGGUGUUCUACCCCAUGGUGCAGGAGCAGUGCGGCCAGCCACCCCUCCACCCCACCUACGAGCCAUACGUGCCCAUGCUCUCUACAACAUACCACUACCUCACGCCCUGGACAAACGGUGUAGGCUCGCAUCCACGCGUCCACCACUCUACUUACUGCCCUUCCUCUUCUCACCCCCCUGUUAAUUACAUCACCGCCCCAACCCACCCCACUCAUUUGGCACACUCACAGUUCGUCUAA